GAUACAGCAGCUGCAACAACAACAUCACCAUCUAACAGUUUAAAGCUCUUUAGCCAUUAUUCCAAACGUCAAGUGUACUUAGAAGCGACGUUUUUUCGUUUGUUUACAAACCUUGAAGUCCAAAUAAUCAGCAAAGUUUUAGACUUUUUUCCAAAGGGCAUUUGUUGUUGCUGUCGUUUGAAUGUUUGAACAAUAGAACCCCAAGACGGCAAAUGACCGUUUAUAUAAAAACUCAUUGCAUUGUUGCUUCAAGUGUCAGUUGUAAUUGUCCAGUGUUUAAUGUGGCAUUCACAAAAAGCCAAAACACAAAACGCCGAUCUAAACGAAAUAAAAACCAACUAAAGAAGAGGAAUUUUUGAAUCUCAUCAGUACUUCCUUAGCCGUUUUAGUUCUUUGUGUAAAUCGCCGCUUAAUUCAUUUGAAAAAUGUCAAAGUUUUUGUUUGUUUUCAAUCUCAUCGUAUUGUGCCUGUUGCUCUCCACCCGCCAUACGUUGGUAUCGGCCGCACCAAAGCCACAGAAUGCAGCCGUGGAGGCGGAAGAUUUAGAGACAGGUGCUGCAGCCGCUAUUGAGAAGGAUGACCUAGAGGGCUCCUCGUCAUAUGGUUUUGGAUAUUAUUCAUCGCCCUAUCUGUAUGGUGGCCAUUAUGGCGGUCAUUAUGGUGGAUACGGUGGAUAUGGCAUUGGUUAUCCUUAUGGUAUAGGCGGAUAUUAUGGCCUAGGAUACCCAUACUACGGAGGUUAUUACGGCUAUCAUGGUCUGCAUGGUCACUAUUUCUAACUUUAAUACUUUAAUAAAAAAAAUGUUUAGUUUAUUUGCAUAAGUAUUGUUAUUAUUUGGGAUAAACCAAUGUCUAACAUUUGUCGUCGUUUUUUAUUUCAUUCAUAAUAU